AUGGCACAACAGCAGAAGUCUAGAAGGAAUGGACAGCCUCGUAACCAUGGUGGUGUCCCACCAGGCUUCAUCCCAGUCCAGGAUCCCAGAUACGACAUGGGUGGUCAACAGCCAGCCUUUGACCCAUAUUUACAGCAACCAGACGCAUACGGGUAUCCACCUUAUGGAGCACAGGUACCACCACACAUGAUGCCUCCUCAUUCACCACAAAUGCAACAUCAGCAACAACAGGUUAUGAUGAUGGACCAACAGCAGGGUUUUAUGCCAAGACCACCAACGCCAGAGAAAAAUAUGGCUUUAGAUGGAUCUGGAAGGCCAAUUCCGCAACGGAGGACACCACCGGGUUCUCCUAGACUGAGAAGUCCGACUGUGGUGCCUGCUUUUCCGAUAUCGCCGUUACAACACGAGCAGGAUAUGAUGAUGAUGCAGCAGCAGCAGGAUAUGAUGAUGCAGCAGGAUAUCGCUAUGCAGCAGCAGCAACAACAACAGUAUUAUCAACAACAGCAGCAGCAACAACCACCGCCAAGGAAUGAUGAGAAUCCAGCUGUAAGAAUACCGAUGCGCGGCAUAAGUACGAUGCAAGGAUUCGAAAACCAGGAUCCGCAACAGCAGGAGCAGCCCGUCGUGAUUCCACGUCGUAAAAUGAGUACAAGUCGGCAUGAGAAUCCCAUGGUAGAAACCGUUGAUCCAUUACGAUACGAUCAACCACAGCAGCAACAAUACGAUUACGGUAACGCGGCUGGACCCGUUACACCACCAGUCGUUAUACCCACCCGACAGAAUUCUUAUAAUUCCGAAGAUAACAAGGAUAAGAUAUACAAGACUGAUUUUAUGUCUACCAAACCGCAGCAUGGAUGGAAUCCACAAGAUGGAAACCCAAAUCAGUUUGGUGAUGAUGAAAAUGAUGGUAGACAGAAGGGCGGGUUUAAUAUGGGUACUUUUAGUCUGUUUCGUAAUAACAAGAAGAAUAAUCGUGGAGAUGUUAGUAUGCCACCUGCUGCUCAACGUGGGAAGGGCCGGAAGGGACAACCGCAGUAUGAUGAUAUGUUUGAUACUAAUGCUGAUUACUUGUCGGGAAGUCAUACGAAAACGUCCAACAAGACAUUGUCGGAUUCGGAUAUGUCGGGGAAGACGCUUGUGCAAGCGCCUACCAAGCAAGGCUUCUUUGCAAAGUAUUUUACAAAAUCCAACAAGGAAGGCACAAUUUAUGACAAUAAGGCCGAUUACGAUGGCGGCAAUGAUUACCCCACCAUGAAAUCAACCAUGACUGUAGAUAGUAAGACUGGUACAUGGACAUUACGUGUCGUCAGACCGAAAAAUCCAACAGUGGCGCGUAUUAGAAGAAUUCUACUCGGAUCCUUCCUUUGCCUAGUUGUUUUGGGCGGUCUACUCCUCCUCAUCCUAUACUUUACCAACUCCGCAAUCAAGGCUCUCUUCUCAAACUCUAACUUUGACGCACCAGCCUUCAACGCCAGUAUCAUUCUCAAAAAGACGAAUUUCGUUGAUGGAGCCGAUUGGCUCGGAUUUGGUACGUCACUAGCAUGGUGGGCCCGUUUCGCGGGGGAGACAAUGUACAACACUACGGCAUUUGAGAACUUGAUGGAUUUGGUAUUUGAUAAGGAUAAGGGAAUGGGGUUGAGUGUUGUGAGAUACAACUUGGGUGGGACGCAGGCGUAUGCUCCUGGUCCAUGGAAGGCAUAUGCUGAUAUGCCAGCUGUACAAUUAUAUUAUGGAGGACCAUACAAUUUUGAUUUGGAUAAAGGGCAGCGGGCUACACUUAUCGCUGCCAUGAAGAGAGGGGUUGUUGCUGCUGAGUUGUUUUCUGCUUCACCACCAUGGUGGAUGACGAAAUCAGGCUCCAGCAUGGGCUACUAUGACGGAAACAACAAUCUCGACUCGAGCAACUACCAGCUCUUUGCCAACUACCUCGCACAAGCCGUAAUAUACUACCGCGAUACUUGGAACAUUACCUUCUUCAGCGUGGCACCAUUCACCGAACCAACAUCUUACUGGUGGAAGUACGACAACAGCACAAACACUCAAGAAGGGUGUCAUUUUGAUCAAUGGAUAUUAGAGCCGUUUCUGGAGGUUUUGACAUCAACAUUCAAGAACAAAGGGUUGACCAAGAUGUUGAUUACGGGGACGGACGAGGUGGCGUAUUCGUAUACCCAGGAUGAUUUGACGUCGCAGAGUCUGAAGAGUGUUCAAAAGAUUAAUUCGCAUGGGUACUUUGAUCCACCCAAUUCAGAACGUCAAUCGUUUGGAAAUGUUGUACGAGGCAGAGGACUCAAAGCAUGGAUGAGUGAACUUGGUACAGGUGGCCAAACCAUGAAUCCAACAUACUCCAUCCGUAAUCUGGGCGGUAUCGGUCUUGCCCGCCAAAUCGUGGGUGAUAUAUACUAUUCGGGCGUUACUGCUUGGGUCUACUGGCAAGCUGUUGAUUUGAGCGGAUGGGGCUUGAUCAGUGCACCAUCAUGGUCGGCCAGCUAUUUUAAUACUGUGUUCAACCCUGGCAAACAAUUUUAUACCAUGAUGCAGUACUCCAGAUGGCUGAGACCAGGCAUGGACAUCAUUGCAGCGGAUGAGGGGACUGAUGUUGCAGUUAUCGCUGGCCGAUCGGCAGCAAAUAAUUCAAUGGCCCUGGUGGCUCUAAAUGCGUAUAAUUUUACUAGAACAUUCGGAGUUGACAUUAGUGCAUACGCGGUUGGUGCCAACAGUACACUCCGGAAAUCCAACACGACCGUACUCGCUUUCCGAACAUCCGAUACAGAGGACCAUAAGGCUGUUACUGCACCACAGUAUGGGUCUAACUCAGUUGUGUCUAUAUCGUGUCCACCGUAUUCAGUUACAACUGUCGUGUUAUGGGACCUGACGUGGGUUUAG